UCUGUAAUUCUCUCUUGACAGUCAUUUUUUCCUUCUUCCCGCGCGCUCUACCCUUCCUCCCGUCCCUCCCUGAGAAUCAACACAACCAGCUACUGGUGUUUAUGAGUCUCGCUAAUGAAUCCACUCUCAAGUGAUCAUUAAAGUCUCGCAUUUGCGUAACGCGAGGUGUAGAGACCUCUGAACGAUAUGUGAGAUCCUGAGAGGAAGUUUGGUUGGUGUCCGCGCUGAGGCUGAUCCAGAAUCAGAUUUAUGGAAGGCAGCUGUUGAGGGUUUGACAGACAGACGGAUCGGAGGACUCCAGCUCUGCUGCGUAACACAAGCAGAUCUGAGCCUACAGAGGAGUGUCGAUCACACUAACACAGCAAGGAUGGUGCGUGAGCAGUACCUCACCACCACAGAUGACUCUGGGGCCCUGUCUUCAGUCUCUGAGUACAUCUACAUGAUCGGCAUCUACGGCUGGCGGAAACGCUGCCUCUAUCUGUUUGUUCUGCUUCUCUUGAUCAUCCUGGUGGUGAACUUUGCCCUUACAAUCUGGAUCCUGCGAGUUAUGUGGUUCAAUACAGAAGGCAUGGGAUACCUGCAAGUCAAUGCAGAUGGGCUGAGACUGGAGGGAGAAUCAGACUUCCUGUUCCCUCUCUAUGCCCAGGAAAUCCACUCCAGAGAGGAUUCAGCUCUUCUGCUGCACUCCUCUGAAAAUGUUACUCUCAACGCUCGCAAUGCCAAUGGUGACGUAACAGGAAGUUUGUCCGUAGGUCCCAGUCAGGCUGAGGGUUUUGGCCAACACUUCAACAUCAGCUCAAACCAUGAUGAAAAUUUAUUUUAUGCAGAUGGAAAUGGAGCCGUUGUGGGAAAAGGAAAGCUCCGUGUAACAGGUCCAGAGGGCGCUGUCUUUGAGCAUUCUGUUAGGACUCCUCUGGUCAAAGCAGUACUCAACAAAGAGCUGAAACUGGAGUCUCCAACACGCUCUCUCAGCAUGGAUGCCCCAAAAGGCGUUCACGUCAAAGCCUUGGCUGGAAAUGUUGAUGUGACAGCACAUUUUAACAUUCUGCUACACUCGACUACAGGACUGCUGGUCUUAGAUGCUGAAUCUGUUCGUUUGCCGACAUUACCUGUGGGAAAAGCCAGAACUUCAGGUGAUUCUCAGGGAAUGUAUGACAUGUUUGAGGUGUGCGUUUGUCCCAGUGGUAAGCUGUUCCUCUCCAACGCUGGCGUCUCCUCGACCUGCAGUGAGCACCAGGACUGCUGAAUGAGCUUCUGUUUGUAACACCUACAGUAGAAACCAAUCUCCCACAGAAACAAGUACUUGACAUUGUCUCUGGACAAGGUACAAAAAAUGCCACACUAAUUUAGUUACAAAAUGUGUCAUGUUACUGAACAGUUGUUUCCCACCCUGGUCCUGGAGUACCACUAACACUGCACUUUUUUGUCUCUUUUAUCUGACACCCCCAUCUGAGGUCUUGUGCUGCAUACCAAUUUGCAUACUAUCCGUCCUAAACAGCAUUCAAAUUAGAAUUAGCGUGUCCCAAAUCAUAGUAUGUUGAAAUGUGUAUUAUGGAUGAUCUACUUUUUCCAGUUAGAAUCCGAAGUGCAGAUCUGUGCACACAUUUUAAUGGCUAAUAUUGCCCUCAACCCAUUGCGCGUUGGAAGAGAAUUUGUUUAGAACUAAAAAAAAAACAAACAAUAAAAUGUGUUAAAAAAACUACAAACAUGGCGAUAAAGGGUAAAACAUUUAGAUAAAAGGGUUUGAGUGAUUGAUAAUCAGUAUCUAACCUGAUGAAAAUAUAUUUAUUCAGUGUUAUCCACAUUAUGUUUCAUCUGCAACAGCAUUGAGAACUUUGAAGAUACGAUUGGUAAUUAACUUUUAAAUGUAUCAUUAUGCAAACACACGAGAAGAGUUCUCUGCAUGAAAGACCCACAACUGGCAUUUCUCUCUGAUAUGGCAGGAAAUUAAAUUAAACACAAUGGGGAGGAUUUUAACUGUGACAAGAUGAUUGACAGGGCAGUGGUUUAAAUGGUGACUGGAUACAUGUAACAGAGACCGAGCUGGGGUGCGUUUCCCAAAGCGAACUAUGGUCGUAAGUUCCGUCGUUACCAAUAGAGUUCAAUGGGACUUACGACCAUAGUUCACUAACGAUGCUUUCGGGAAACGCACCCCUGUCCGUUAAAGACGCAAUUAUGACAAAGUAGUUUGUCUACUAUUCUGCUACACACUUGAAAAAACUGUACAUACUUUUAGGGCAUACUACAAGUAGGCAAAUUGGGAUGCAGCACUGAAGUCUUUAAUUACGAGCUGAUGAGUUGAAUCAGGUGUAUUUGAUUAGGGAGACAUCUUAACUGUGCAGUGAUGAGGACAGGGUUGCCAGGUCUGUGCAAAAUAAGUCAAAAGUAGGCCAAAAAUAGCUCAAUGUGAAUUUCUCCAUCAUGCAGCCGAAUUCUCCAAUGAAUUUGUCUGGGGGAUGAGAAAGAAAUUAACCCACGGCAACAACUUAAAAGUAGCCCAUUUCCACAGGAAAACCACGGACUUGGCAACACUGGCUUGGGACACUCCAGGAACAGGGUUGGGAACCACUAGUACUGAAUAUUAGCCUAGAGCAGGGGUGGGCAACUCUGGCCCUAGAGAUCCACUUUCCUAAUCAAACACACCUGAACAAGCUAAUCAAGGUCUUCAGGUCCUACUAGAAAGUUAUAGGCAGGUGAGUUUGUUCAGGGCUGGAGCUAAACUCUGCAGGAAAGUGGAUCUCAAGGGCUAGAGUUGCCCAAGCCUGGCCUAGAGGGAUGUUUAUCUGUCUGGUUGGGGUUUCACCAAGAUAGGGAAGAUGAAAUGUAUAGUAUAUACAACAAGCUCUCAUAGCAAUUCAUAACUAUUUUAUGUUUGGUGGUUAAUCAGUAUGUAUUUGUACGAUCUCAUUUGUAUGCUUCUGUACAAUCUGCUUACGCCCCUCUGACUGUUAGGUUUAGGGGUGGACCUUUUCCGCAAAAAAAUCAGUACAAGUUCACGUUGUAGGAAUUCAUGCAAAAUCACCACCCCGCAAGAUAGUUAUGUUUUCUCAUGAGAUCAGGUUGAUAUACACUAGUUUAUACUGUACAUGGAAUAAAAUGUUUUAUUUUUCUGUUAUGUAAAAUUUUUCAAAAUUAGGCUGGGCAAUAAAGGGGCUGGUCAACAGCUGACAUCCUAUGCAAUAUAAUUUUGAGGUGCAAUAACCAAAUUCUGUGUGUUGAAUAUCAGCUAGUUAUUGUUUAAAGAUGCACUCAUUAAUAGAUAAAUUGAUUAUAACAUAAAACAUAUUGAGAUGGUCGUGCCUUGAGCUCCAUUGAGGGUUAUUAUAUAUGCUUCUGUAAAAUAGCAGAAUUCUCACUGAAGUACUACACUACCCACAAUCCCAAAGCAGCGGCACUGAAGCACCAAAUCCCACUUUGAUGAGGCAUUGUGAUAUAAUCAAAUUUUAUUCUCUGGCAUGUGUUGUUGUAAGAUAUGAAGUGCUCUUGGAUUUUGAAUUUUAUACGCAAUGGUUUGAUAUAUUUGGCAUCUCCAUUUAUUUAGUCAUCAAGAAUGCUAAAUAAUCCCUAUGGCAGCUUGAAACAUUGGGAUUUGUGUUUCUUUUUUCCAGAACUGUUUUGCGUAUGUACUGUAUGGCAAUGGUGAGAGUGAUAAUUUGUAUAUAUAUUAGCAGGGGAUCUUCACAUUUAUACACCAGUUGUAUAUUCUAUUUUGAUUGAUGUAUUUUUUUCCAACAGGUAAACUGUCAUAUUUUGAGAUUUACAUAUUUCAAGUGAAUAACUGCAAUACUGAUUGUUGAAUUAUUAAGGUUUACAAUCAAACAUGCAUGAAAAAGUGUAAAUUUGUUUUUCCACAUGAAACGUUUCAAUGUUUGAUAUGAUCAUUUCAUUCAAACUAACCAAAUAAAUCAAAGUUAACAGAAUGUUUUGUGUUCAAUAAAUAUAUAUAUAAAAAGUA